AUGCAUACUUCCAAAUUUGUUGAAGUAACAGCCCCUGUUACCAAUGUCUUACCUUUGCCAAACCAGAAUCAGGACGCUGCUUCAAAUGUGACAGAUCCUGAAACAAGAGGUCUUGGCAAACUAGAGGACAAUGAAGCCCCAGAAAGUGACAAUAGCGAAGAAAGCAACUUGGGUCCAGAGUCAACCUCUACCACAGCAGCAACUGAUGGUUGCAACAAUCUGUGGAAAACAGACCAACAUGUUGCACUGUUCCUGAAGGUGAUCUUGGAUGAUGACACCUAUGCCAAGAUACUUAGAGCAAAGAAUAACAGCUCUUUGAAAAGAAAAAUCUGGAAAGAUCUGGUCGACAAGUUUAUGGAUCUUAAUGAUGAUUACUUUAAGAAUAUGAUUGACGGUGGUAAAUGUGGCAAAAAGUCCAAGGACUUGACAAAGACAUACAAGCUCCGCACUGAUCGUAAUAGACGCAAAACUGGUUAUACAAGAAGCUGUGAUGCCUUUGCAUGGGCUUUCUUCAAUCAGAUGAAAGAGAUCUUGAUCAAUAAUCCCAGUGUUCACCCUUGGAACUUUGGUCAAUCAAGAACAUCAAGACCAACAAGCAUGACCACAACCUCAAGUAAUGGGCGUAUUGUUUGGGAAAACAUCUUUGGAGAUGGUAGAAGAGAAAUUGAAGUUCUCUCAGAAGCUGUAGUUUCCAACAACACCAACACCAACACCAAUUACAAUCAUGCUAGUGAUCUUAAUUCUGUUAUCAGCGACAAUGAAGAUGUAAAGAGUUUAACAGCCACUCAGCUGUUAAGUGAAAAAAGUGGUUAUCCCACUAAUGUAAAUGAAAUUCUAAACACUAUCACCCAUUUGCAUAAGAAAAUGCAAGAUGAAGUGGCCGCAGAGCGUGAUGUCUUCAUCAGUCAGUUGCUUGGGACACCUGAGCAAAAAGUGGCCAAACGAGCAAGAGAUGAGAAAGACAGAGAGCUCGUGUAUGAGUUCACCAAGGCUAAUAUAAAUGAAUUGCAGCAUAGACAGUUAUGA